CAGGAAGUGGGCCGCUAGGUAAGUGAAGUUGCUAUCCUGGUAUAAAGAUAUCCUUUUAAAUUUGUAAUAGGUAGAUUAUUAAUAUCAAACAGUGGUCGGAAAACACCGUGGAUGUUUCUUUUCUUAUAAUUACGCAUAGAUUUACAGACCUGUGGUGAAGAGAAAGAUGGGUAAAAGCUGUAAGGUGGUUGUGUGUGGACAGGGUGCAGUAGGAAAAACUGCAGUUUUGGAGCAACUACUCUAUGCUAACCACGUUGCAGGUUCAGAGCCCAUGGAGACGUUGGAGGACAUCUAUAUUGGCUCGAUUGAGACCGAUCGUGGAACGCGGGAGCAGGUUCGCUUCUAUGACACCCGCGGACUCAGAGAUGGGAUGGAGUUUCCUCGACAUUAUUACAGUUUCGCAGAUGGCUUUGUACUAGUUUACAGCAUUGAUAGCAAAGAGUCCUUUAAGCGAAUGGAGGCGCUCAAAAAGGACAUUGAUCGUCAUCGAGACAAGAAAGAGGUGACCAUUGUUGUCCUGGGCAACAAGCUGGACAAGCAGGACGAAAGAAGGGUCGACUCCAACAUCGCUCAGAACUGGGCCAAGAAUGAGAAGAUUCGUCUGUGGGAGGUGUCAGUGGUGGAGCGCAGCACACUCAUUGAACCCUUUGUCUACUUGGCCAGCAAAAUGACCCAGCCUCAGAGCAAAUCCACAUUCCCGCUCAGUCGCAACAAGAAUAAGGGUAGCGGCUCAACAGACAGUUAACUGACCAAACUGUGUUUUCACUCAUAUUGAAGGUGGAAGAGAGGUGUCUCUCUUUGCGAAGUUGGGUUUAAGGGAAUUUUUUUAUUUCUGCAAAGAGCAAAAAAAAAACGCUGUUUUCAGUGGCAGUCAGAGCAGCAGAAUGAAUGUAUAGAUAUUUAUACACAAUGGGCUUUGUUGGCAUUUUACUGAAUGUUUUUACUUUAAAUCGCUGACUCUUGGUUCUAUUGUGCCAUAUCAUGUAGUAAUCAACAAAUACCCUCUGUUAUUUUUCGCCACCUCUCCUUGGUUCGCUUCUAUUUUAUAGUUACUGCAUUUCUCACUGUUGUUAGCAAAGAUGUGCACACAGACUGAAUCAUGAGUGUCAUUGUGACCCAGUAGAUUACUGAUUUCUUUUUUCCAUCAUAAAUAUUUGUUACACUACCUAGAAUAUAUACUGUGUAAAUGCACAAUUUUAAUGGUAAGAUGAUGAAGUAGAACUAGGCUUCCUAACAUUCCUCAGUGUUUCUAUACAGUUUUUGAAGGUUGGACGAUAGGAUCAGAGAUGUCCUGAUAAAAAGCCGUUACUGCGGGUGAUAAUGAUCACAUGGCUACAUUCACAAAAUCAUGUGACACAAUACCUCAAUGAAACGUCACAGCUUUUACUAUCCGUUACAGUCACUGCUGAAACAUAUGCUGAUUUAGCUGUUAUUCUCCUCAUCAGCUCUGUUUAUUCACAAGGUCAAAUCUUUUUAUUUCUUUUUUUAAUCUUUUCUUCCUUUGAAAAAAAAAAGCGGAUUUAGUAUCCAUAAUCUUGUAUUCCUUUGUGUUUGUGCCAGAUUCUAUUUACACCAUGUCUGUUGGGUAUGUGAACCCUCCAUUUCUGGUAUCUUUGUGUGUUCAUUAGAUUUAUUUCUUCCUUGUAUUGUGAACAAAUUAAAGGAUUCUUAUGUGC